AAAAUGCCCAGCGACACGCCAGUAAGACUGCGCAUCAACCUCGCCGCGGCGACGGUCCAGGGCGUCCCCAGGCCCCCCGGCGCGGAGCACCCCGACGCCAUCAUCAUGAGCACGACAGAGGCGCAGCUCUCCCAACAAAAAAAGCACAAGGCGGACAUCAUGGCCAAAAGGGCGAUGGAGACCGGCUUAGCCCCAGGGAAAAACAUCUUCAUGCAGGGCUUCAUGAUGUACAUGUCCGGGUCGUCCAUCAACAUCUGGUCGAUGAUGGUCGUCGGACACGCUUUUUAUAACCCCAUCAAGGCGUUGCUGUCCAUCGACGAGGCCUUCGCGCGCUACGCGUCCGCCGAUUCCGAAAUCGAUCUGACGCUGCCCAAAUUAGCGUUCAUCGGCUGCAACGCCGCGAUGCUCGCGCUCGCGCUGUGGAAGCUGAACACGAUGCGGCUCCUGCCCAUCACGGCGGCGGACUGGACGUCUUUUUUAGUAGACAAGGUCGACGUCGAGAGCUCGGGCGUGCCACUAACUUUGUAGAUAGUCUAUUACACGA